UCGGUUCUGAUAGUCCCGAUUCUCGUUUGGGACUAUCAUCUACCAACAGUGAUGCUGCUCUUUAUUUUGUGAUUACUACAAGUGUCUAUGUGACCACUAAAAUUACUAUGGAUUUGUUAAUUUAUCUAAGGAUUGCGCUUUUAAUGCACGUGAUUUCAAUUUCUGAGAGUCGGAUUAGAAGAAAAGCGAAGUCUGUGGAAUCCCAAAAUGUGGAAGCGAGCGGAAAAAUAUCGCAAAUACAGAAUCAACAGCCGGUUGCGAAUUACGACGAUUAUUCGUCGGAAUACGAUUAUGUGGAUGAGUACGACGAACACGCUACAUCUACGGAAUCCAGAGCCCGUAUCACGACCCCCCAGCCUCCAGACGAGCGUCCAAUAAACGAAUUCACAACCGAAAGAUUCUCCCAACCUAACAACGAGCGUCCCACCCCAUCUCUACUAAUUCCCACUGGAACAGUCGACAUCCACAUUCUGCACCCCACCAAACCCCCAACUGACAGUCACGUGGGGGCGUACAGUUGUCGCCACAAUGGAAAAUUAUACCGUGAUGAGGAAAAAUGGAGCGUCAAUUUUUGCACAAACUGUACAUGUGUACGAGGAACCGUCGAAUGUAAAACCGACGAAGAUUGCAAUAAGGGCAUUAGACCAACGCGCGAGCCUCAAGGCUUCGAUAUUCCGGGACCUCGUGGCGAGGCAGGAUAUCCGGGAGAACCUGGACGGCCGGGAGAGUCAGGAGCGCCUGGAUCUCCUGGUACUCCCGGAAUUCCAGGACUGCCUGGUCCCCCAGGCCCCCCUCCGGACCUCUCAGCCUAUUACCAACAACUGGCCCUUUCGCAAGGGAGUCAAGACAAAGGGCCGAGUUUCCCGGUUGAGCCGUUUCAGUACUUGCAAGCGCAGGUUGGACCUGUGGGUCCUAGGGGACCUCCGGGACCGUCUGGAUUGGCGGGACCGCAAGGUUUUCAAGGGACGAGGGGAGAGCCGGGCGAGGCGGGCCCUCAAGGACCGCCGGGGCCUCCAGGACCUAGAGGAUUACCCGGUCCUCCGGGAAAAGAUGGAGUUCCUGGAGAAGAUGGUGAAGCUGGACAACCGGGUGCUAGUGGUCCUCCGGGACCAAGAGGAUUACCUGGAAUGCCAGGCUUACCGGGGGUUAAGGGUCAUCGGGGUUUUCCCGGUCUUGAUGGGAUUAAAGGGGAGCAAGGACCACCGGGUGAAAAAGGGAUUCCUGGAAAUCCGGGACCAGUUGGGCCUUCGGGUCCGGUGGGGCCGUCAGGACCUAGAGGAGAAAGGGGGAGGGAAGGGCCUCAAGGAUCACCGGGGCUAAGAGGAAUGGAUGGCAUUGCUGGACCACCUGGACUACCUGGUGAAAUGGGCAAGCCUGGUCCUCCGGGAUUUCCGGGAAUACCAGGUGCGAAAGGCGACCACGGAAGCCCAGGUCCCAAGGGAAGUCAAGGAUUGCAAGGACCGCGGGGAGAAUCGGGCCGUCCAGGCCAACCUGGUGAAACCGGACUUCCAGGAAUUCCUGGAAAGGAUGGUUCUCCUGGAGAGAAGGGCAAUCCUGGGGCGCCUGGUAUCUCAGGUCCCCCAGGAUUCCCAGGAGUUCGCGGACUUCCGGGUGUAAAUGGUAGUCCGGGGCAACCUGGAGCGAAAGGCAAUACGGGUAGUCCGGGUGUUCCGGGAUACAAGGGAGAAAGUGGCGCUAAAGGAGAAACCGGCGCUCCUGGUCCUAGGGGAUUACCUGGAGUGCCAGGUUCGGAAGGAAAACGCGGAAAAAGGGGAAUGAGGGGUCCACCCGGUCCUGGAGGCCCACCUGGUGAGAGAGGGAUGCCGGGAGCCAGGGGACUUCCUGGUCCCGAUGGAGCCGUCGGUCCUAAAGGCCAAACAGGCGAUAGAGGUUCUGCUGGGCCUCCUGGGCCCAAAGGAUCGCUUGGUGAACCUGGACGACCUGGAGCUGUGGGACCUCAAGGGUUGCGUGGGCUAACGGGCAGGCCUGGUCCUCAGGGAAGAUCGGGACCGCCGGGUGAAAGGGGAAUGCCAGGAGCGGACGGAAAACCGGGAGAGACUGGACCUCAAGGUCUCCAAGGAUUGCCAGGACCUUUGGGACCGCCGGGUGAUAAGGGUUUGCAAGGCGAAGCAGGAAAAGACGGCGAACCGGGACUACCAGGGCCACCAGGACCACGUGGUGAUAAUGGGAAAGAUGGGGCAAUGGGACCACAAGGAGCCCCAGGUCCUCCGGGAGUUGACGGGGAGAGGGGACCACCUGGAGUUACAGGUCCUAGAGGUUUUCAAGGUUUACCGGGAACACCGGGAAAUCAAGGAAUGCCCGGAAAAGAUGGCGAACCAGGAUUGCAAGGCCCACCGGGAGUUCCCGGAAAUAUUGGGCCACGAGGCGAAAGAGGAUUUCCCGGUGAAAGGGGACCGGUUGGACAACCGGGAAUACCGGGUCUAAAAGGAAAUGUGGGAUCACCAGGUCCAGAUGGUGUUCAAGGUCCACCAGGACUUCCGGGAGCAAAAGGACAUUCAGGGGCGCCAGGUCUAGUCGGUCUGCCUGGAUUGCGCGGACAACCGGGCCCUCAAGGAGAAAAAGGCGAACGAGGAUCGAUUGGUCCUGUAGGCCCUGAGGGACCACCAGGCCGUCAAGGUGAAAGAGGCCAACAAGGGCUAAUGGGUCCGCCUGGACCCCCUGGUGAACCUGCAGAAAGGGGCGAACCUGGUCCGCCUGGCUUACCUGGAGAAUCGGGAGCUCCAGGCGCUCCUGGCGAGAGGGGCCCUGUUGGCUCUCCAGGUCUACAGGGUUUCCCCGGUCCCCAAGGAUUAGUUGGUUUGCCUGGAUUAAAAGGCGAUAGGGGAAUACCCGGUUUAAAAGGAAUGCAAGGAAAUCCAGGUCAUGUCGGCAAACCUGGAGAACAAGGUCCACCCGGCCCAAUCGGUUUAACGGGUGCAAAAGGUGCACGAGGAGAAGCAGGAACACGUGGAGACGCUGGUCUAAUGGGACCUCCUGGACGUCCGGGAGAUUCAGGUCCACCCGGCCAUCCUGGAAAUGCUGGUCCUCCAGGUCCGGCAGGACUACCCGGAAUUAAAGGAGCCACAGGCGAUUCUGGAAAGAUGGGACUUCCGGGACCACAAGGCUUACCCGGACCACCUGGACUAGAAGGAAUGAAAGGUGAAACUGGGGCUGAAGGACCUGUAGGACCAUCUGGACCUCCAGGCCCCGCUGGCUUGGCAGGUGACCGAGGUUUACCGGGACUCCCCGGUCCUCCAGGACCACCCGGUAUGAGAGGAAUGAGAGGAGCACCCGGUGAAGUAGGUACUCCCGGAAAACCCGGAAGCGAGGGCGCCCAAGGUCCUCCAGGAUUAACCGGACCACCAGGCCCACCUGGACCCACUGGAGAACAAGGGCCAGAGGGACCUUCGGGAAAACCGGGAAUGCCAGGUGUGGCAGGAAGAACAGGAGAUAAAGGCCCCGUGGGACCGGUAGGACCCCCUGGUCCAUCCGGCCCUCCUGGUUUGCCGGGCCCCCCCGGGCCACUUGGCCCCAUCGGCCUAACCGGCGAGAGAGGCCCUCGGGGCGAAACCGGCCCUCAAGGCGCCGAAGGUCCCCCAGGAGAGCGGGGAAAACCAGGAGUCCCUGGCCUAGAAGGCAAGAAAGGAGACCGUGGCGAACCAGGACCUGCAGGCUCCAAAGGCCAUCGCGGUUUAAUCGGCCUUCAAGGUCUCCCCGGCUCUCCAGGUUUCCCUGGCGAAAAGGGCUCACCAGGGAACCCUGGGCCCCCUGGCAAAGACGGUGAAGCCGGUUCUAGAGGUCCGCCAGGGAGAGAUGGAAGUCCAGGACCACAGGGAGUUCCUGGUCUUGUCGGGCCUCGUGGCGGUAACGGUAACGACGGUAAAGCUGGCCCUCCAGGUCCUCCGGGUCCCCCAGGACCACCGGGGCCUCCAGGAGACGGUCUAGGUUACGAUGCGGCUAGUUUAGCAGCAUUGCUUGCCCAAGGACAGGUGAAUAAUCAAAAAGGACCGGAUCCACUCGGGGACGAGCCAGCAAGGAUUUCCGGAAAAUCGAUGUCUGAACAACAACGAAGAGAAUUCGUAAUUAAGGCCUACGAGCAGUUGAAGACCUCUUUCGAGAAGUUUAAAAAACCAAACGGGGAGAAGAAUAAUCCAGGGAAGACUUGUAAAGACAUUUCCAAUGCUUAUCCGGAAUUAAAAAGCGGACAAUAUUGGGUCGACCCGAAUGAAGGUGACCCCAAAGAUGCGAUUCUAGUUUACUGUGAUAUGGAACAAAAAAGUACUUGUAUUGUCCCAAAACCGGAAAAGUCGCCCGAAAUUUAUCACCAAGGAAAAGAAUCGGAAAUAUGGUUGGGAGAGAUUAAAGGCGGUUUAAAGAUUUCCUACAAAGCGCACAGUAACCAGAUUGGAUUUCUGCAGCUCCUGUCCUCACACGCCCAACAAAACAUUACAUUUAACUGCAAAAACACAGCAGCGUACUAUGACGUUGCUAGACAUACGUACAAAAAAGGGAUAAAAUUAAUGGCUUGGAACGACGUGGAGUUAACUCCCAGAGGUAACGCUCGUUUGAGAUAUGAAGCACUGGUCGAUGAAUGUAGACUUCAUACAGACACAUGGGCAAGAUCAGUCCUCUCUUACCAAACAGAUAAAACAACGAGACUACCAAUUAUAGAUGUUGCAAUCAGAGAUACCGGAAGAUCGAACCAAGGGUUUUCAGUGGAAGUUGGCCACGUUUGCUUUUCUUAACAGUUUAAACACAACACUUACAUCACUGCCAUUGUAAAUACAAGAGUAUUAUAAAUGUUGUAAAAUUUUAUAUUUUCUAUUGAUCUGAAUAAGGUGCUAUACAAAAUGUAUAUUAAUAUUUUAGAAUAAAAUUCUCGAUUUAUAA